CUGUAAUGGGAGUGUUUCUGUGUGAGAGACUGUAACAGGAUAUUACUGAACUGUGAAAGUCUCCUGGAGCAGUUUGGGCUAAAUGGUCUCUGCAUCAGCCAGACUGUGAACUCCACAUUUAUACUUUACGAUAUUAACUGUACAGCUUUGAGAUUACAUAACAGCUCAGCUGUUAAACACAUCUUGAAAGAGGAAGAAAUGCAUGAAACGUUAAACCCACUGACAGGUCUGCGUCGUAUCUGACGUUUGUGUCCACACUAUGAGGAAAGCAGCCCCACCAAACAUCAUCCUAACGAGAAUGAACCAACAACAGGAGAAGAUGAUCUGCAGGAUCCUGCUGCUCAUCAUCCUCACCUCAUGUGUCUCUGGAUCAUUUGUAGUCAAUGUGACACAGACCUGCUAUCAGGCAGAGGAGAACCACAACAUCACACUGGAGUGGACGUUCACCACCAAACCUGACAGAUCCACCAAAACUCUCAACAUCCUCUGUGAACUCUUUAUUAGUGAUGAAGUCUCGGUCCUGUAUCAGGUUCAUGAAGGUGUUGAGGUGUCAGAGUCUCAGGAUGAAAAGUUUUCAGGACGAGUCCAGAGUGACAAAGACGCCCUCAGAGAAGGACGAAUCAGACUUCAGCUGUCCAGACUCAGGACUGAUGACUCGGGUCUGUACCUGUGUGAGGUCAACACGGAUUAUGGCUUCAGUGUUGGAAGAUGUCGACUCAACGUCACUGCUGCUGAUCAGGUCCAACCUCAGAGAUCAACUUUGAGUGGAGAAGUAAAGAGUUGCGGAAAAACCAUGCUGAGCACUAUACAGGGUCUAACAGCACUAACAGCUCCUCUGUCUGCCAUGCUGGCUGCUUUCAUUUGGUUUAUUGUAGGAAGGAAAUAAAAGAGCAAAAUCAAAAAACCACAAGUUACCCUCAACCUAAAGACUACACGACUCUCUUCCUUUGACUAAUGGCGGAAAAUAACUUGUAGAAUAAAAUGUUAAAUUUCCUGGUGCUGAAUUUAAGUUAAUGCAGCUGAAAUAAUCAGCGAUCUUAUAAAUAACGUUUCUAUUGUAAUAAUUGUUCAUAAAAAAGUUUCUUAAAUCACUUUGGAUAAUUUCCACAUAGUGAUAAAAUGUUUCCCCACACAGGGUGGUGUAGUGUUUGGGUCAGCUGGACCUGUAGGAUACACAUGUUUGUCAUACUUUGCGAACACAUCACAUCACAGGACUUUCUUCCACAUGACUUCCUCAGACGUGAUCUCAAACCAUUUUUACAUCUCUGCUCCUCGGCUCACUUCCUCCAUUCAGGCUGUUUGUCUUUUCAUUUCCUCACAAAGACACAGAUAAAUAUAAAGAAGCAUGUGAAUCAUUCAGAGUUACUCUUGUAGACUCACAGAA